AUGGUUCUUCACUCGGGGAAUGAAAAAGUUUUCUGCGCGGUGAUUGAACGUCUUGACCCAUCAGUUUCAUCUGCAGUUCUUGAAAGCCUUCGUGUGAAUUCUCAAAAUUUGUACAGAAAAGCUUGGCUCUACAAUAAAAGUCUAGUGGAUCAGCUCUCAGGAACAAAAUCCAGUUACUGUGACUUGACGUGGACACCGAAGGAAAUCGAAGACAAUGCACAUCUACUUUGGAAUCGUCAAGGGGAAAAUGGCUACUGUUGGGUAAUCCGGCUUGCCAUUAGCUUCCUUCGUAUCGCCCUCCCUGACUCCAAACUUGCCAUUCGAACGGCCGGCUCACAGCUGGCUCUGGUCCUGUUCCGCCUUCCUGGGGGACCAAUGGCCUUGAUUCGAGGACUCGUCGCCCCUGUGCUCAGCUCCAACGACAACACGUCCGAGGUAUCGUCCGGUGCGGCGUCACGUCUUCGACGCGAAGUCAUCGAUUUGGCCACGAGCGCUCUGCUACUGCGACCAAGCUCAGAGUUUGAUUUUCACGAAAUCAUCGAGUGGGUUAUUCUGCCAGGUCUCUUAGAUCGCAAAAAAGUGGUUUAUGAAGCAGCUGUUGACUGCCUCACGGUAUCUGUAAGCAUUCUGGGCGAUUCACUUCUCACAUUUGUUGAGUCCAAACUACCGGCUGCCGAUCGGAAUAAUAACAACGAGGAGAGUUCACCCGAGUCUCCUGCUGGCUUUGCGCUUCGAGAGACAAUCCGCUUGGCAGUUCUUCGACGUCAACUCCCCUCCCUCGAUAAUCAGGGUCGUCUGGAUCGUGGAGACAGCAAUCGUUCGGAAGUGGACAGCAUCGGAAGGAUGUCGGCUUUGGGACAAGUUAGCUACGAUGCGUCGCCUCUUGGGGAGCGUCGAAAGCCAAGUGCGGGCCGAAUGCACGGGAACCUUCGCCUCCCCUGGGACCCACGAGAGAGCGUCGUAGUCGUUGGCAAUUCAAGCGGACCCUCGCCACUCACGACAGCCAGCAGUCCCUUCUCCCUUCCCAAUCUCUCCCAAACCUGCGUCACCCCGUUAGGCAGUGCGGCUGCUGGGUCCCGAAGGCGAUUUGACAACAGCGCAAUUUCAAGUAACCGGCCCUCGGAGAUAUGUGAUUUGAAUACGCACCUCGAACAGCCACAACUACGGCGUAGUCUCAACGCCUUUGCCGAUUCUUGCGACCAAGGCCAUCGCGCCAUCGAGUCUCAAGAACGAGCCUCGUUUGAAGCCGUUGGCAUCCGCUCUGUGAGAACCCUAUCCGGCUCCCUCGCCAACCUCCAGUCCUCGCCCGGAGCUGAUGCUAUCAACAGCCACAAAGCCGCACAAGCCAACGAUGCCGCGGAGGCAAGUACCUCUUUUAGGCAACACGAUUGUAGUGACAUGGUCUUCGGUAUUCGACGAAAGGCCUCUCAAAGACGCGCCCUUCGUUCAAACACCGACUUGGAGCCAACAAGUUGGCGCCUUAGUGACCAAUUUGAUUCGGACUCCUCAGCAAACUAUCGCCUAAUGAAUCGCUUCAACGGACGAAGCAAUCAACGUGCCCUCACAACUCCAAUUAUGCCUUCUUCGCUGUCCACCGGGAGGAUUACCGUAGCCACCCACCACCAGAGCCAAAAACCUCGUAGCAAGGGCUCGUUCGGCCCCACUGACCCCCACAGUCCACUCUUGGGACCCCUGCGGGGUCAACUUGAGCACGCGAAACGCUCGACGACCCGAGCCCCUGAAGAGACCGAAGAUCCCCACAUCGACAUUAUUGGCAAGGGCAUCCACCCUAACGCCAAACAGAUCACGACAAACUCACCACGUGACUCACCUGAGGAGCCUAAUGAUGAUAACCAGGUUUCAGGACGCACAACCGUGCUGGCGAAGUUAUCACUAAGAACUUCGGAUGAGGUUGAAAGUGAUGACGAAAGUACCAUUAGGGCCAACAUGAACGUCCUCGCCGAGGCAGGUCUUGCCCAUCGAAAGGACCCAGUCUUGCAAGAAGAGGGCGCGAAAGAAGUCCGAGAGAAAAAGGACGAGGGCGAACACGUUCCACCCCCACGAAGCUGCCCAAGGACACCGAGCAGAGCCUCGUCGACGCAGAGACCCACCGCGGGGCUCCAAAGGCGACCGCCGACGGGACCGCGUGACGGCAGUCCGCACAUCAGGUCUGCCCAGCACCCGAGCCCAGACGUUGGAAAUAGCGAGACAGCAUUCUCGCGUCCCUCGAGGCCUCCAACGACUGUCGAAUCUGGCCGCCGACAUCAAGCAGACGGAGACGUCACCUGUGCGCUCAACCAAAUUGCAUCCUCCGACUGGGAGGACAAGGUGAACGGCCUCUUGAAGGUUUCCGAUCUUGCUCUAAGGAAUCCCAGUGUAUUUUACAACAGUCCCGAAAACCAGUCCGGGGUAAUCCAAGCCGUGUUAACGGAGAGCAAAAAUCUCCGCUCACAAGUCUCAAGGCAGGCUGUAAAGACCCUGUCUGACCUCUUCCGGGGGCUGGGCCGUCUGCUGGAUCCCCACGUCGACCUCUGCGUUCGAAUUCUCCUGGCGAAGGCGGGCGAGGCCUCGGCAGCCUUCCUGCGCGGUGAGGUCGCCAUUGCGCUCAACGACCUGACCCGCUACGCCAAUCCUAACAGGGCCCUCAUUGCUUUGUUCCAGCAUGGCUUAGGGCAUAAGAACGCAGCCGUCAGACGUCAAUGUGCUAUUCAGGCCAGUUACAUAAUUGAGAGCCUAGGACCCAGUCGCGUCAUCCAGGCGUCGAGUGCUCGAGGCACACUUUCCUCAUGGGGAUCGACAAGUGCGGUGGGCGGGGGUGGUAGCGGCACGACCGCCGUCCUCUCCAGUGCCUCCUCAAUGGCGAUCACGGAGCGAGUUAUCGUCGCCUUGGGCAAAUUCCUACUUGACAGCAAUCAAGAAACACGGUAUUACGGCCGCCGAAUCCUGUCUACUUUACAAAAAAGCCCCGACUUUGAAGGCGCCGUGACCCGCUACCUUUCAGGGCAGUCGCUAAGAGCGGUGCGUGAAGCCACUGAGUACCUCCACACCAAGGUUAGAGUUAGCGCAAAGGGUCUUGGAGAACCCCCAGUCGUGAUGGCGUCCGCCAGCUGCCCACGCACAAGCAACAGCGAGCGGGCGGCGAAUUCGUUGCAGAACCGAGGCUGCAGUGCCGGGAGCCUCGGCGCAGGUGGAAGUGUCUUAUGA